AUCAUAAUGAGACAGGAAGGUGGCAUGGGAAGGAGCCAUUUGCAUGACAAUAAUUGAGCCAAGAAUAGAAAGCUAGAGGGAUACAAGGGUGAGGCUGGCAGCUGAGCUGGGCUAAACCUCAGAUCAGACUACCCAGCUCCACUCUGCAGGAGAGGUGGGGACUGAGCCCUAUGCCAGGUUUUGUGGGGAGGGAGGGGUUGGGAGAAGGAUGCAGCCCAGGGGAUUGUGGGAAUGCUGGCCAGGCUGGACUUUGCCCUACUCCUCCUCCUUCAGCCCAGAGGCUUCUUUGUGUGUGGGCUUUGUGGCUGUAGGACUAAGUGGGCAUUAUGGCUGCUCAGAAAGAUCUCUAUGAUGCCAUUGUGAUCGGGGCAGGCAUCCAGGGCUGCUUCACGGCAUACCAUCUGGCCAAACACAGGAAGAGGGUCAUCCUGCUGGAGCAGUUCUUUCUACCGCACUCCCGAGGAAGCUCCCAUGGGCAGAGCCGGAUAAUCAGAAGGGCAUAUCCUGAAGACUUCUACACCCAGAUGAUGGAUGAGUGCUACCAGAUAUGGGCUCAGCUGGAGCAUGAGGCUGGGACCCAAUUACACAGGCAGACGGGGCUACUGCUGCUGGGAAUGAAGGAGAAUUCAGAAUUAAAAACGAUCCAGGCUACUUUGUCUAGACAGGGGGUGGAGCACCAGUGCCUUUCAGCUGAGGAGCUGAAACAACGUUUCCCCAAUGUUCUGUUGGCUAGGGGAGAAGUGGGGGUCUUGGACAAGUCCGGAGGAGUUCUCUAUGCAGACAAGGCCCUCAGAGCCCUGCAGGAUGCAAUUCGACAUUUGGGAGGCCUAGUGUGCGAUGGAGAGAAGGUGAUGGAGAUAAAACCGGGGUUCCCAGUCACAGUGAAAAGUACGGCCGGGAUCUACCAAGCCAAGAGCUUGGUCAUCACAGCGGGCCCUUGGACCAACCAGCUCCUCCGUCCCCUGGGAAUAGAGCUGCCUCUGCAGACCCUGCGAAUCAAUGUGUGUUAUUGGCGAGAGAAGGUUCCCGGAAGCUACAGUGUGUCCCAGGUCUUUCCUUGCUUCCUAGGCCUGGGCCUCAGCCCGGCUCCCCACCACAUCUACGGGCUGCCCUCUGGAGAAUACCCAGGGCUGAUGAAGAUCCCUCAGAACCCCCCUCCCUUUUGGGGAGCAGAAGGAGCAGGAGAAGAAUACUUCACCAUUCCCUAUUUGCAGCACAAGACCCCCAGCUGUCCUGAGGCAGCAAAGGGAGCCCUUCCUUUGCAAACACAGGGUUGGAGGGGGAAGGAACAGCUAAGGCAACCUCGAGUGGCAACACACACAGCAUCGGUCUGCUAUCACCACGGCAACAAUGUAGAUCCUGAGGAGCGGGACUGCCCGGAAGCAUUCUCAGACAUCCAAGACGUCCAGAUCCUGGGCCGCUUUGUCAGAGAUCACUUACCUGACCUAGAGCCCACGCCUGCCCUUUUGGAGCCCUGCUUGUACACGAACACCCCUGAUGAGCAUUUCAUUCUUGAUCGACACCCAAAGUAUGACAACGUUGUCAUCGGUGCUGGAUUCUCUGGACAUGGAUUCAAGCUCUCCCCUGUUGUGGGGAAGAUCCUGUAUGAAUUAAGCAUGAAAUUAACGCCAUCCUAUGACUUGACACCUUUUAGAAUGAGCCGCUUCCCCGGCCUGGGCAAAGCCCACCUCUGACCCCUGGCCAGCGCCUCCUUUUUGUACACUGGAGCCGGGAAUAAAGCCCUCUGGCUGUAACAUGCCCUCUUGUUCUCCUGCCUCUCUUGAGUCCCCUGUCAACACCGCAUGAUUGAA